AUGAAAGUUGAUUUGGAAAGAGUGGGGGAACAUGAUCCGCCGCCACAAACAUCUGCAGGAUGUGGGCAGGCGGGGCUGGGGAAAUGCCAAGUAUGUGCGGGGAUCAGCCCAAUCAAAGUCAUAUUUCCCCGCUGCGACGUUUCGCAGUCGAGGAGUGUCCAUCAACCUGUACCAACAGGAGAUUCGGACAUGUUAGAGAAGCGUGGAAGGUCGAGUGCGUGUCGAAAUUGCCGGUUACGAAAGCGCAAAUGUCUCCCGAUUGAUAGUGAAGGAUCAGGAUGCUGCCAGUUGUGUCGAGACCAGGCAUUGCCCUGCAGUUUGGCGACAACCAGCAGCAAGAAUCGUCGCAUAGUUCCAGCAGACAAUAGUUCUUCCCCUGUCAACUCAGAAGUCAUUACUUCUUCAAAAAUCCUACCAAAAGAGCCGUCAUCACUGCUCCCACCACAACCUGUUCUGGAUGAACUGGUGGACCUGUAUUUCAGAUUAAUUCACGAUGGGCCUCAUACACUCUUUCAUGAGCCAAGCUUUGUUUCGAAAGUUGCCUCAAAUUCGGCACCAGCCGCUUUAGUUUUCGCGGUCAUAGCCCUUUCAGCUAGAUUCUCGACGAACGAGUAUUUUCGAGGGGAUCCUCAAGGCUAUGCAAGAAAAUAUGCAGCUACUUCACUAGAACUUCUCCAGAAAGAGAUGAUCAGCCCCAGUCUGGAAACAGUGCAAGGUUAUAUCCUGAUCUCCCAACAUCUUGGAGGAGAAGGGGACGCGAAAGCAAAACACAUUUGUACUGGCUUGGCAAGACUUCAUUGCCAGUCACUUCGCCUGUGGGAGACUGAAGGACUGAGCCUUCUCGAUCAGGAGCUUCGUAGACGUACAUAUCUGUCAGUGGUCAUUACUGGCAAAUGGAGCUCGGCAGAUAUGUCUGUUGCUCCAGCAAGAGCAGAAUAUCCGCCAGAGAAUCUGCUCUUGCUGGAUGAAGAAGAUUUCCUUGCUCUUCGACUGAAGUUGCCUCGUCAUGGUAUCUGGACCCAGAUGGCCAAGACAAUAGACCUCUUUCGCGAGAUCCUAGAUGUCAUCUUUAGGUUGGGAACUGGAAGAACGCUGGCUACACAAAUCGGCGAAGUAAAAAGACUCGCAGAUCGUUUGGACAGAUGGGAAUAUGAAUUGCCGCCUAUAUUGAAGUACAGCACCGAGAAUUUUAAGUACUUCCAAGGCGUUGGGUUUGGGAAAACGUUCCUGGCUAUGCACAUCGGAUAUCAUCACUACCGACAGCUGUUGUAUUUCCCGUUCCUGGACCCCCGAAAUGAUGAUCGUCUCGCACAUGAGUGCAAAAACCACGCGAUUAUGGUGUCCGAGAUUGCAUCCAAUGGUGGCCAGCUUGUUUAGUGAGUUAAGCAGUGUCCAUUUCCACGCAGUUCUCUUUUUCCAAGUGUUUAUUCCCAAGCCUGCUCAAGAGACAGGGAGUAAAGUGAGUGAUACUGCUGACAUUCCAAUCGUCGCAGCUAUAUUAUCGGGCACAUUUUGGUCGUAAGCAGCAGCGUUCACCUCCAUACACUGCUGCUUGGUGGCGGUGAUGUGGACAGAGCAAGGUUGUGUCUGUUGUCAAACUUCGAAAUUCUUAUGAAGCUGAAGCAAUACUGGCCAGUAAUUGAUUCUGCGGCAAGUACCUCUCCAUAAGAGACCCUAGUAUUCACUGACAGUCAAACA